ACAAAUGAUGUCGUUCUGAAUUAAAAUCAUUCCCACAAUGAUUGAUCGGUGUGGUUACGCGAAAUAAUAGAAUUCUGGUUUUUACGAUUUACUGCGUAAUUGGAUGGACUCGAGGGGUAUAAUCCAAUUAUUCUCGGUGACAAUGACGAGGGCCCCGUGUGUGUCAUGUUCCGGAGACUCCAGUGCAUUCCAUUUUGUCAUUAGCAUGGCUGGAGAAGUUUGUAAAUAGAAAAAGAGUGGAUUUUUAGGGCAAUAGUUUGGUGAGAAUUGACAUGGCAACAGUGAAAGUCACUGAGCAGAAAGUCAUUCUCUGCGGGGAAUACGGAGUUGGAAAGUCAUCGAUAUUUCGACGAUUUGCCAAUAAUACUUUUGUGUCGAGUAGUGAUAGAAAAUCAACGCUGGGGCUUGAUAAUAUUGACAAGGAGUACGUUGUUGACGACAGGAGGAUCAAGCUCCAGUUAUGGGACACUGGAGGCAUGGAACGAGUAGCAUCAGUCACUUCAAGCUAUUACAAAUUCGCAGAGGCAGCUAUUCUAGUCUUCGCUCUAGAUAAUUCCACCUCGUUUCAUCUUCUAUCCCAACAUCUGCUGGACAUCGUGACAUAUGCGGAGAAUGCCAAGAUAUUCUUAUGUGGAAAUAAGAGUGAUGUUGAUAAUAACGGACCGCAGGUCACUGACGCAGAGAUGGAUCAAUUUUGUGAACAAUGCCAUAACUUGAUAUCAGCGACUUAUAAGACCUCCUGCAAGACUGGUGAGGGCAUAAACGAAAUGUUCGAGGAUAUCGCCCAGCAUUUGGUAGAAGCAAAUCGAUCUCGAAUGGGUCUCCACGAGAUGGACGAGGACCACUUCAAAAUAUGCUACGAAGAAAGCAACGAUCCCACUUGCAUGUGUUGAGACCCAUUGCUACCAAUUUUUUAAAUUCACUACACUGACGCUUGGGUGCCAGCCAUCACGAAAGACUAAUUUUAUUUACACCGCGUGCUUGACGUAGUCCAACAAUGUGCUAAUUACUUGUAAUUAUUUUUUUAAUCGUAAAGACUGCUGCGAAAUGACGGUGCAAUCGACUUUCGAACGGUAUAGAUUUUUAUUGAGUGAAGUUAUACAACUUAGAAAUUUACAGAACAUUAUCUUACUUCGUUCAAAUCUUCGAUAAUUCGAGAUACAUUCUCAAUUAGUGCUGAGUCCAUUUAAUGGUCUUCAGGUCGAUGCCAUCCUCCACCAUUUCCCAGAGUGGGCUGAAACAAUGUUCAAUAAAUGAUAAUUUCAGCAAUCAAGGGAACCAAGAUAAAUCGAGUCGGCUGUACGGAUGCAGUACUGAUCAUAUCCCAAUGUGAGUUGACAUUUUUUUUAAUGACCAGAAAUACUUGAAUGAUUAUUCUAGUUUGGAUAAUAAAUAUUGAGACAUUAACUAACAGCAUAA